ACUCUACCCGAAACGAAACAAAGCAAUCGAAUCGCGGGUGAGAUCAGUCGGCAAAUGGCUGCCGACGGUGGUUUUAGCACGGCGGCGUCCCCGUCGAUUACAAAGGAAGAACAGAAACUGGAAAUUACAAAACAGAUGAGAAGUCUUGAGGUCGCCAUUGCAGAGCUCAAUCAUCUUUCCUCUACCAGAGCUGUCUAUCAGAAAAACGGAAACCUAUUUUUUCGCACAACUGUUCAAAAAGCAACUACUUCGGAACAGAAAAAACUUGAUGCGGCUAAAGCAAGGCUUGAAAGACUGAAUUCUUGAUUCGGACCCUCCAACAAGGGAGUAUUUUCUAAGUGCUUCAAAAAGCGUUUUUAAUUGAAACUCAGGAGCAAAGGGUUAUUAGAGGUUCAAAAUUCCUUUUAGUAAAAUCUUUUUGCUAAAACUUCUUUCACUUUGAUCACUGCCUAUUCUGUCUAUAAAUGUGUAAUGCUAUACUACUUAUUUUGUGCCUUAGAAUCUAUGCACUAUUUUGAACAAUUUGAAGUGAUAAUUCAUCUAAGACGAAAAUAAAUUCUCCAUUUGACCAAA